CAUCCAUUCACAACUACUACCCAUCUACAACAGACACUCGCCCUUUCUCUCACCACCCACCGCCGCACUUUGAAAAGUUGCAGGCUUGCUCCCGACCACCAAGAAUCACUACUGAACAACAUUCUUCUGCGCCGACAUCACGCUUACAACCAACCGACCGUCGUUCUUUGAUCUGCACCGUACCCAACGGCACCAGCGACAGCUUUGUCCAACGGCGGCGACGGUCAAAGAAUCUCUCUGCACCCGCUCUUAGCGGCAGUGACUCGUCCACCUUCGGCAGACUCGAUUCUAUAACUCGACAUCAUGGCCGACUUGGACGAGGAACUUUUGGGCUUGGUUGGUGACGAUGACAGCGGUGACGAGAGUAGCGUCGACGACUUUGAGCGACUGGAACAGGCUGAGCUCGAUGAGCUUUCAGGCGCCGAAGAGCCGCAGCCGAGCGUGGAGAAGGUUGAGGAGGCACCAGAGCGAAAGAAGGGUGUCGCACAGAAAGUGAGAGCCAAGCGGGGCAAAAGGAAGGUCAGACAACCAAGCGAAGACGAAGAUGAUGUCGCCUCGCUCACGCCUGGGUCACCUGAAUCGGUUCAGCACGACGAUGACGAAGCGGAUGCGCCUGGCGAGGACGACGAGGAUAUGAAGCCGUUAUACCCGCUGGAGGGCAAGUACGAGUCGGAACAGGACAAAUCCUAUGUGCUCGGGUUGUCGGAAAUUCAGCGAGAAGAGCUUCUGGCGAGUCGCGCUGAAGAGGUUACACGACGCACUCAAGACCAGCUCCUUAAGAGGGCGUUGGCUAGCACAGCCGCCAGCAAGCAGAAGCGAAAGGCAGCUGCCGCAGAUCUUGAGGACAACAACAGGCGCACUACUCGUCCGAAAACGGAAAAGCAGGUCGCUUUGGACUCAUACCGGAAGGCAAGAGAGGAGAAGGGCGCGCAGCGAGAUCGCCUGGCUAGCACUCGAGACGAUCGCAAAGACGAGAGAUCGCCAUCAUCGCAUGGCUCGGACCGGGAUGCCGAUGGUGAGAGCGAAGUCGAAUGGGCAGCCGAACCAGAGCGCAAGGACGAUCCCGCGGCCGAAAUCAAGGACUUCGAUCGCACACGUAUCGGUCGUAGCGCAUUCGCUCGCGUCUGCUUCUAUCCAGGAUUCGAGCAAGCCAUCCGCGGUUGCUUUGCACGAGUUGCCAUCGGACAGAAUCGCGAGACUGGCCAGACGAUGUAUCGCAUGUGCCAAAUCAAGGAAGUCAUAGAGGGCAAGCCAUACACGUUGGAGAACUCGGCUGGAAAGACCUUCACAACCGAUCAGUAUGCCAUCGUGGCCCAAGGCAGCUCUGAAAAGCCUUGGCCAUUCCAAGCUUGCUCCGACGGCCACAUCACAGAGUCUGAAUAUGGUCGCUAUGUCGACACGCUGAAGAAGGAGAACAUGAAGCCGCCAUCUCGACGAUUCCUGGUUAAGAAGCUGGACGAUAUCAACGGUCUCAUCAAUCUCCACUUCACAGAAGAGAUGUUGAAUCAGAAAUUUGCCAAGCAGCGGGCGAUACAGCUCAAAUACGAUCCGGUGCACCAAGCCAAGCUGAAGCGCAAGGACAUCGAGAAACGCCGUGCUGAAGCUGAGCAAAAUAUGGACGAAGAGGAGGUUGCUAGAUGUGACGACGAACUUCAGGCGCUCGAGAAUGGUGCUGCGAAUGGAGGAACGAAGAUCGCACCAAAGGUCAAGGCUAAGGAUCAGGCCAGUCCUGCGAAACCCAUGGCGCAGCAUGAGAGUCUGGCCAUUCUCAACAGGCAAAAUCGGGCCAAGAAUCAGCAAGAAGUCCGCCAGGCAUUGAUCAAGGAGCGACAGAAGAUCGAGAGGGCCCGCAAAGAAGCAUAUGACAGAAAGACGGCAGAAGUGAGAGAAAAGGUGCACGCAAAGGCCAAAGCUAGACGAUCAUCACAAGACAAGGAGUUGUUCGGCGAAGACACUCCUGCCACCAGCCGAGCGGGCACCCCGGCCACGAAUGGCACUAGCACACCGAAGAGACGCACUGAUAUUCCGCUCAACGGCGCCGUCAAAGGUCCGAUUGGCGCUCUCAAGAAGAAGACAAUGGAUGAUGAUGUUAUCGGCGGCCUCGACUUGGACAUUGACAUUGAGAUUUGAGACUGGCAUGAGGCAGCACGUUUGUAACAUUGCGACAUUGCGACACAAGUUCUUCCUCGGCCUACAUGACUGCGAUUUUGGGCUUGAGACGAGCUCAGGGCCGACGCAACUGUAAAAAUAGAGCUUGUGGCUGAGUUGCAACCAUUUUUGAAGCGUUCUGAGCAAAAAGCAAGCAGCAGAUCAAGAACACGAAGUCAGGUGGAGAGCGUGCGAAGAAUCUUUCUCGCAGCAAAUAGAGGCUUGCUAUGAAGUCUUUGAAUGAACACACAACGCAAUCCCUCCCAACACGAAUCCCAUUCCGAGCCAAGUGUCCCGUGAUAUGACUUUGCCAUCUGCCCA